GACAGAGUCAGCGAGAUGAAGGCAUUUAUUGUUGGAUUGGCUAUACUUGGAGUGGCGACCGCCGCACCGACCCGAGAACGUCGCGGUGCUGUUUGGACUGGUUACGGUGGUCACGGAGCUUACGGACCCUACGGAGGUGCUCAUGGAGCUUACGCGCUCGCUGAUCACGGAGCUUACGGAUACGGUCAUGGAGGGUACGGCGCGCACGGUGUCGCUCUAGCUGGUCCGGCCCUGGGCCAUGCCAGCAUUGCAGGACCUCACGUUGGUGCUUCUUCCCUCGCUGGACCAGCCAUUGGACCAUCGCAUCUUUCUGGCUCGGUCGCUGGACCUGUCCACGUAUCCGGUGCCGUAGCUGGACCAGCUGUCGUAACCGGAUCAGUCGCCGGCCCUGCUCAUGUCGAGGGCUACGGUGGACACUACGAUGGAGCUUACGGAGGAGAUCACGGCGGUUAUGCAGGCUACGGAGCUUAUGAUGGACACCACGGUUACGUCGGAGCUUCUUACGUUGGUGGCUACGGACACGGUGGACAUGGUCACGGUGUGGUACUCGCCGGUCCCGCUUCUCACGGUGCCGUGCUCGCUGGGCCUUCUCAUCACGGUGCAGUGCUCGCUGGUCCCGCAAGCCAUGGUGCCGUCGUAGCUGGUCCACACGCCGGCGGAGCUGCAGUUUCCGGUCCGCACGCUGGUUCCGUCGUCAUUGCUGGACCAUCAGGAAAAAUCACGGCUCACGGUGCUGGUCACGGAGCUGCGGUCCAUACGGGAUAUGCUGGUCAUGGUUACGGUGUUCAUGGUCACUACUAAGCUUCGCUUCAUUCUCCAUGGACACCUCAAAUCUUUAUAAGUGAAUAAACUGGCGUUUAUUCACUUUUAAUGAAUGUAAAUCACCCCAAUUACAUCGAACUCAAAUCUACCUGAAUGCAAUUAGUUGGAUUCAUGAGCGGAGUGAACAUCGAGGAAGCAACGUCGUUACUGAAUCCAUCAUUUUGUAACUCCUAAUAUACUUAUAUAAAUGUACUCGUAUAUAAAUGCGUUUUCAUACUAA